GGGGCCGCGGCGGAAGGCGCCAUCUUGUGAGGAGGGGGCGGCCCUCGCUGGCUCGCUCGCCCGCCUGCCCGCCCUCGCGUCCUACCUCCUCCGCCUCCUGCUCCUCCUCCUCCUCUUCCAUGCCUCGGCCGCCAAGUCCCCUCGCUCGCGCUCCCUCAGUCUCCGCCGCUCUGCGAGGGAGCGCAGCCACCCCAGGCCGCCGCCAUUUCCAGCCGCUUCCAGCCAUGGCAGAAACUGCAGGAAGAGGAUAUUAACAAAUGGGAAUGUCCUGCAUGAUGUCGAGAAAGGGGUCUUGUGAGAAUCAGAUAGUGUGAGGGGCAAUGUAUGCUACCCUGGGGAAAGGAUUAAAUUAAAAUGUUAUAAAUUAAACCAACCGACCUUCAAACAAUACCUGAUGCUGAUUGCCUCUCCUCCCCCCCAAUAUCCAUUUCUGGAAACUUGGUGCCAUAGAAGCACAUGUUACUUACAGGACCUCAUGCUCCGUUGUGAACUCCUGUGAUGCUCUUCUGACUUCCUGAGGUGCCCUAGUUUUUAAUUGAAAACCCUAUCCCCGUACUAAUAACUUAGUGACUACGUGAAUUUUAGAGCAUUGUGGGAAACAAUGGGAAUUGGCAAGAACACCACGUCUAAGUCAGUUGAAACUGGAAGUUCAACAGAGGGCAAAUAUGAGGAUGAAUCCAAGCAUCCUGCUUUCUUCACACUACCAGUUGUAAUGAAUGGUGGAGCUACAUCAAGUGGCGAUCAAGAUACGGAAGAUACAGAGCUUAUGGCAAUCUAUACAACUGAAAAUGGAAUUGCUGAAAAGAGUUCGCUGGCGGAGACACUAGAUAGCAGCGGAAGCUUGGACGCCCAAAGAACGGACAUGAUAUACACAAUUGAAGAUGUUCCUCCCUGGUACCUCUGCAUAUUCUUGGGAUUACAGCAUUACCUGACGUGUUUCAGUGGCACUAUAGCUGUGCCCUUCUUGCUAGCAGAUGCCAUGUGUGUUGGAUUUGACCAGUGGGCUACUAGCCAGCUGAUUGGGACCAUAUUCUUCUGUGUUGGAAUCACAACUUUGCUGCAAACAACAUUUGGGUGCAGGUUACCUUUGUUCCAAGCCAGCGCUUUUGCAUUCUUGGCUCCUGCCAGAGCUAUUCUUUCUUUGGACAAAUGGAGGUGCAACAACACAGCUGUAAUGAUUACCAAUGGAACAACAGAACUGCUGCAUACGGAACAUAUCUGGUACCCUAGGAUACGAGAGAUCCAAGGCGCUAUUAUUAUGUCAUCUUUGAUAGAAGUGGUGAUUGGGUUCCUGGGCCUGCCAGGAGCGCUCCUGAGAUACAUUGGACCUCUGACGAUUACACCAACUGUGGCUCUCAUUGGGCUUUCUGGCUUCCAGGCUGCUGGAGAAAGAGCAGGCAAACACUGGGGCAUAGCCAUGCUGACUAUUUUCCUAGUGCUGUUAUUUUCUCAGUAUGCCCGAAAUGUCAAGUUCCCAUUACCGAUCUAUAAAUCAAAAAAAGGAUGGACUGCAUACCGGUUACAGCUAUUUAAGAUGUUUCCUAUCAUUCUAGCCAUUCUGGUAUCCUGGUUGCUGUGCUUCAUCUUCACUGUGACAGAUGUGUUUCCACCUGAUAGUACGAAGUACGGAUUCUAUGCACGCACUGAUGCCAGGCAAGGAGUGCUUCUGGUAGCUCCAUGGUUCAAGGUUCCUUAUCCAUUUCAGUGGGGAUUACCUACAAUAUCAGCUGCUGGUGUGAUAGGAAUGCUCAGUGCUGUGGUUGCUAGCAUCAUUGAAUCAAUUGGCGAUUAUUAUGCCUGUGCGAGGUUAUCUUGUGCUCCUCCACCACCAAUCCAUGCAAUAAACAGGGGCAUUUUCAUAGAAGGCCUUUCCUGUGUAUUAGAUGGAGUGUUCGGCACUGGGAAUGGAUCUACUUCCUCUAGCCCCAACAUCGGAGUCUUGGGGAUCACGAAGGUUGGAAGUCGGCGAGUGAUCCAGUACGGGGCAGCGUUCAUGUUGUUGCUUGGAAUGGUUGGCAAGUUCAGCGCCCUCUUUGCAUCCCUCCCUGACCCAGUGCUUGGCGCUCUCUUCUGCACUCUCUUUGGGAUGAUAACUGCAGUCGGACUGUCUAACCUGCAGUUCAUAGAUUUAAACUCUUCUCGGAACCUUUUUGUGCUUGGAUUUUCUAUUUUCUUUGGACUGGUCCUUCCAAGUUACCUCCGACAAAAUCCACUUGUCACAGGAAUAGCCAGCAUUGAUCAAGUGUUAAAUGUUCUUCUCACUACAGCCAUGUUCGUUGGGGGUUGUGUAGCAUUUAUUUUAGACAACACCAUUCCAGGAAGCCCCGAAGAAAGAGGAAUCCAGAAAUGGAAGAAAGGAGUGUGCAAAGGGAGCAAAUCCAUUGAUGGCAUGGAAACUUAUGACUUGCCUUUUGGCAUGGAAUUUGUGAGGAAGUACAAAUGCUUCCGCUUUUUACCCAUCAGCCCCACCUUCAUGGGCUACACAUGGAAAGGCUUCAGGCAAAACAGUGGCUGCCAGAGCACAGAGGAGGAGGACUCGGAGGCCACUGUAUAGCCCCUGCUGCUGCAGCCCCUGUCGACCAGCUGCAGUGACAGACACCUCUGCAGUUCCUUGCUGACCUUGUUUUGUUUUAUGUUUUUUGUAUUUCUGCAUUUUGAAUUCUGGAACCAGAGCCGAAACAGAUUAUAAAAUAUAGCUUUCCUAUUGUGGACAGUGAUAGCUAUCUAUAACGUCUCUCUAUAAUUACAUUGUGCUUUUUGUUUUGUUUUUAAGAAGUACUGUUAGAAUUGCUUUUGCUGAUUUUGGCGGGGCAACUGUUUAAUCCAGAUCCAAAAUUGGUAAAUAUUGUAAACACAGCGCUUAAGCAGGCUGUGUCUUUCCCAUUUUAUAGCUGAUACAUUCCAUUUUUUUAUUUAACUCUCAUAAGCCCCCAGUCAUUUGUUGGCAUUAUUCUGGCAAAUUAUACCAAAGUGUUCCAUACUCGACAGUGCUUUCAAAGCUUCCCAGUAUUGUGUAUUGGAUGUACCGACAAGUGGUGCCUUUGCACAAGUUUCUGUUCCUAAGAAAGUGACAUGGCUCUGGGGUGCUUAACGAGUCCUAACUGAGCACCUUUUGUGGACAGGGUUGACUGGGGCUUUGCCUCUGGCUGUCGUCAAAUUGCACAUCCCUGAACCUGACAGAUUGCAACCCGACAAGCUCACUGUCUUGCAUCCCUGCAGGCCAGUCUUUUAAAAGUGAUAUUUAUUAAGCAGCCAAAUUCACUACUGCUCAAUGGAGAACGGAACUAUCUGGUUGUCUCUGGAUUCGUACUGACCUGCUUCAUGCAGUUCUGCCUGUCCCAGAAACAUCCUUCAGUUAAUGUUGCCUUUGUGUUUUCCUCCCUUUCUGAACUUAACAUGGGACCUGCUUUUAAAACAAGAGAGACCGUGUGUGCAUCACUGUCCACUGGGUGGUUUAACGGGUAUCGGGGGCGCACUGUGGGUGCCAUUCUUGAUUUUUUUCUUCUACUAGUCUUGGCUCUGACAUUACAUAGCUGUUAAUGCUCAUCAUGCAUUUAUAAUUGUAAAAAAAAUAUUCCUGUGUAAUGUUCUUACUGUUGCAGAUUAGUUUUUAGACAUCAGCAUUUUGUUCCUUUCUUAUUGUCCCCCUACCCCCCGAUUCAAAAAAGGCAUUUUUGAAGCUGUGGAAAGAUUUGUUAGAGAGGCAUUAGGGUAAGUCUUCUCUCAAAGCCUGUACUCUCAAAGUUGGUGUGAUCUAAGGUGCUCCUGUUUUGUAUCUCUCUUUUCUGUUUUAGUUCCCAAAGCAGGUGCUGUACAUUUGUCGUCAGUUUCUUGAGCAUGAGAGGCAUAAAGCCACUCUUGCCGAUUACUGAGGCUAUUAUGGUUUGGGAAAGGUGUAAGGAGCUUUGAUGUAUCAGUAUUGAAUGGUGGGGAAGGGAAGGCAACCAGCAGGUGGUGGGCGUUUCCCACCAUUUCAGUGACAUUUUCAUUGUAUAGCUUUUCACAUCAGGGUUAUUUCCCCUCUCUGAUCUUUCCUCAGAGACCUUGCAGCAGUUUGCUGUCUUGGAUUCAAACCAGGUAUCAUGAAAACCAGCCCAAAAAGUAGCUGCUUUUAAAUUUUUUAAAAAGGUUAAAUCGGGGCCGUUGCAUGAGCUUCAGAAACUAAGGCCACAAUCCUGUGCAUACUCACCUAGGAUUAAGCUCCAUUGGGCGCAGUGGGACUUACUUCUGAGUAAAAGCACAGGGGCAGCAUGUUUGCUUUUCACCUUUAUUUUAUGAGCAACCAAAGAAAAGGUGGGUGGAAAGGAACCGCCCCCCUUAUAGGUGGCUUAUAAUAAUGCAAAAUGCCAAAGCCAAGAUUUUCCGCACACAUUAGAACAGCCUUCGCCAACUUGGCGCCAUCCAGAUAUUUUGUGCUACAAUCCUCUUCCGCCCCAGCCAGCCUGGCCAUAUGGGAAUUGUAGUCCAAAAUCUAGAGGACACCAGGUUGUCGAAGGCUGCAUUAGAGAGGCAAAUGUUGUGUAUUCAUAACAUUGUCAGAAUUUAGUAUAUCCUUGUUUGGGUCAUUUUUGUUUGCUAAGGUGCCAGUUGUUUGUUUAUAGCAGAACUGAAGAUGUCACUGAAUGUGAUGCACUACUGUAAUAACACUCUUCCACAACUUCCCCUUUUGCUUCAGUAAAGGAGUAGAUCUCCAAUAGAUUGGGCCCAGCGCAGUAAAUAAGAAAGAUGGGCUGUUACAUGUGCCCUGCCACCAGCUGUGUGGCUACAGCUAUCUAGAGUAGCUUUCAUAUUCUGCUAACAACUGCAGCAAGUUAAGCACCCAACUUCUUCAGUAGCUGCUUGACACAUGCAGCUAAGAGCUAGUCCAUAUAUCACACAGAGGGAAAAGAGGUGUUAAAGUGAUCCAUCCUUCUUGUCUCACUUCUGAGGUGCAAAUGACGUGAGUUUUUAAAAUGGAGUUCUACUGCCCUCCUGGGAUAUAGAGCUAUGGAAUGAAAUGUUUCCAGAGUCUUGCAGUGUUUACAAGUGCAGUCCGCUUUACUCUGCCCCCAUAUAUAUAUAUAUAUAUUCUGAGAGAGACGAGGCAGGUUCACUUUGAAAGGCAAAGUGGUUAAAGCGAAGGCCGUUGGGGGUUUUCUCUUGCAGAAGCAACCACAAGAGGGCAUUGCGAUUGCUGCUGCUUUUAGAAAGGAUUUUUGACAGCCUGGAUGCAGAGCAUCCAGAAGGUCAGGUGCUUUUGCAGUUGUGGCAAGAAUACUUUGUUGUCCUGAGAAGAAAGCAUGCUUUUAACUUUGGAGAGAAUUUUGAGAGUCCAAGAUAGGAAAGUGUAGUUGAGAUAGCAGGUCUUGGGUAUCAUUAAGAGCAGGAGAUGGGAGUCAAGCACCAUUAAAGCAAAAGAGCACAGCAGUGUUCUUUCACAGCUCCCAUUAAUUUCAGUGAUGUUGGACACAUGAAUUUCUGGCAGAUGGCACCCUGUGUUAAUUAGUGGAAAGAACCAUAAUCUGUGCCUUGUCCAACUCUGGGAUCAAAAUGGCUUAGGACUGUAUUCAUAAGAGAGAAUUCAGAAAACUCAUUUUUCUGGAUAACCUCCAAGGCCUGUAAAUUUCAAUUAAGGGAAGGUAUAUUUGAUGUACCUCUUGUUAACUUUUCAAAGUGGUGUAUGAAUUUCAGCUACCAGACAUUGGGCUUCAACAGUAUAUGUGCUCUGUUUCGAGUAGAUCCCAGUAUUGUGUGAGAGCAAAGAACGGUUAGCUCCUUACAUGUAUCCUAGCUGGAAGGAAGUCAGAACAAGGUUGUGAUGCUUUGAAUUGUGUGCUUAUUGUAGCCUCCUGUCUUUCUGCUAUUAAACAAUGCUGCCCAGACAGAUCACCUUAUGAGAGAGGUUGGGGGAAAUCACUGACAAAUUUCAGUUAAAAGAAAUCAAUAUUCAUGACUAAACCAUCACUGUCAUGUCAAAGAUCUAUAAACGUAUAUUGAAAGCAAAACAAUUUCUGAGCUUUUGUAUUUAAAAUAAAAACCUAUGUUAAUUUUUUUUAAAUUAAGUACUCUGGCUAAGAUUUAUGAAUGUGUCUUAUAAAAUUAUGCCUCUUGAAUUUAUAUUUAAUGGUUAAUUUUAUCUGUGAUUGAAAAAAAGUAUUAAUCAGAAUAAGAUGCAUCAGGGAAGGAGUUUUUAAAUUUACACAGUCGAUUUGUCUUAACAUCCUUUAAUACUAACUUUCAAUAUGGCAACUUUGUACAUGAAUAUUGCAGUAUUCUAUUUCCAUAGACUUAAAAAAACCACGCCCAACGAGGAACAUUUCCACCCAGGAUAAUAAUUGUCACAGGUUUCCUGGGCGGGAGUGAUAUGAUUGUCAUGACAAUGUCAUGUGAUAGAAUUUCUUCAUUGACGAAUUGCUAGCGAUUGUUUAUACUUUAUUUACCCAUGCUUAUGUCCUUUAAGUAGAAACAGAGAGAAGUUACUGAUCACCUCUCUCUUGAAAACAUUGGUACUGCUACCAGCAUUGCUUGUGUACUAGCAAUGGAACAUGUUGAGCCCAGAGCAGGUCCAACUGUGAGAACAAGAUGCGUGGCCACCUGACAGCGUAGCUUUUGAUUCAGACUCCUGUUCAGCGGGUGACACUGUGGGAGGCAUCCAUAGCCUGGCCCCCAGGGGAACAAUCCACAGGGACAUUCUCCUACUUCCUUGAAGCAAGCAGGGGUUAACUGUGCUCUCGCACGGCUGCUGUUCAUUUCCAUGAGGCUUGUGAAGGGGAACCUUGCUGCGUUAAUUAUUUUGUAUAUGUUUGGAGUCAGGAGGUGAGAACGCCUUUUGGAUUUUCUGCCUCAAACACCAAAAUGUCUCUGGCUGGCUCUGGUUGAGAAUUAGAAAGAGAUGCUAAUCAGAUGCAAAGAUGAAGCAAUCAGACCAAAACAUGUCAACCUCUCACUGAUGGCACAGUUAGGCUCUAGCCUUCUAUCAUCUAUGAAGUGCCAAAUUCUGAUGGCAUGCGUAACUUCAGGCUUCUUCCCAUGUUAUGGUUAAGGAGAAGGACCAUCCUUAGAGCCACUCACCCUCUCUGUUUUUCACCUCGGUGCCUCCUUGCUUUCAGCCCAAUCCCAGCCACGAACUCUGCAGGUAGGGUUCCUAAUCGAUUCCUGUCGGAGUCGAUGGGAGGAGUUGGGGAGAGCCUAAUGGUUCAGGAGCUGAUGGUUUAAAGCCAUUGGCUAGCCUGAGCCUACUUCACUAGCUGAAGUAUGUUUUCCACAUAUAUCAAGGUGCUCCAAGGAUGCAGCUGCUGAAGGCCCUUCCUCUCUAUGUGGCUGCUUUUGCCUCCCAGAAAGAAGAAUAUCCCAGCCUAGUGAAGGUGUUUGUGGGAAGGCAUAUGAUAAGGCUGCUUGUACACUCUUGGGGUUUUGAUAGGCCCAAAUUGAAAACGGGCCAUCUGGUUCUUGACCCCUGUUCCCUUCCCUUUUGUUAGAUGCAAGGGGCAGAGCCUCAAAACUGACUCCCAUCCCACUUUCCCCUUUGCUCAGUGCCCAGAAGCAGCCUCCUUUCUCUUUGCACCAUAAAGUGGAGAAGCAGCCCUGUGCCAUCGGACGUGUGCCUGCAUUCCAAAGUGACGACGCAACUCAUAUCUCAAUAUGCAUGACAGACCAGCACAAAAUGGCCUUUCCCCCUCCUUUCUUCUCCAGUGGCCUUCUUGAACCAAAAAAUAACCAACCAUUCACCACCAGAAGGCGGCGGCGUUGGGAGCAAGAUACACUCACCAUUUGUAUUUUGUAUUGUUUUCUUUUGCAUGGUGCAUGGUGCAUAUCUAGAGUUUCUCACUCAAACAGUUUCUUAACCUGCCUGGACGGAAGAGAGCAGACUGCUGGGGCUUCCCAUUUUGUAGCGGUAGAUCCUUUCCCAUCUGUGCUGUGAGGCGGCCACGUGCUCACCAGUAUUUAGCUUCUGCCCAUUAGUCUCUAUAACCGUUAUAGUGCUGGGCUGCUUUAAGUAUUGAGAAUUCACCUUGAGUGGCAUCAAAAACAUUCCUGUUUGGUUAUAAUUUGCUUGUGGCUGUGAUUAGUCAUCAGUACAUAUUUGAUAGCAGAGAAUUCCCUUGUGUAUUGCCUGACAUCUUUCCAAGUGAACCAUCUUGCUGUCAAUCCAAACUCUAGUGCAUCUUCUUUUUCUCCUCUUUGGUCUGUUCAUAAUAACAACUUUUGAUGUAACAAACUCUUUUGACUGUUUUUUAGACAGUGGGGAUAAAUAAUAAUAUUCUUUUUCCCAUGAGGUUUUUUUUUUGUGAAUGACUUUUGACUGCACAAUCUCAUGUUACAAACCAAGUUGGGUUUUUCCUCUGAGAUGUGUAAUUCUUUUAUUGAGAUUUUUAUGAAUUUUGUUGUGUUUUGUUGGGAUAUUUUUUUCUAACAUUGCUUUAUUAAACGUUGAAAUAUUUAAGAAAUAUGUAAUAUUUGGACCAGAUGUUGUGAAUAAUAGUAGAUAAAUGCUAUUUUAUUCUGUAUUUUUAAAAGCUGUUCAGUAUAAAUAAAAGUUGACAUAGAUGCAACUUUGCAACUGGA